AUGAAGUCGGUUGUUUCUGUGAGCGCAAACAUUCCUGGAUCGAUUGUCACCCUCCCCUCAAUUGCACCUGUUCUAGUGCAAGUGCCAAGAAAAGAAUACUUGAAAACAGAGCCAAGAAAAUUACCUGGGCAGGUGUUUCUGUUGCUUAGGAGUGGGGAACUUGAAGAAAGCAAGCCAGUUCUGAACUUUGAUUUGAAAACUUUGGGAGUUCACACAGCAAGGAAGGUUAGAAGGGGUGAAAAAUUUGGCCCCUUUGCAGGGGAGAAGCGAAUGCCGCAGGAACUGGAUGAGAACACAGACUGCAGGCUCAUGUGGGAAGUUCGUGGGAGUAAAGGUGAGGUCCUUUAUAUCCUAGAUGCAAGCAAUCCACGCCAUUCUAAUUGGCUGCGUUUUGUCCAUGAGGCUCCAUCACAGGAACAGAAGAACCUGGCAGCCAUCCAGGAAGGGGAAAAUAUUUUCUAUCUGGCUGUGGAAGAUAUUGAAACAGACACAGAACUUCUGAUUGGGUACUUGGACAGCGACAUGGAAGAAGAGGAGGAGGAAGAAGAAGAAGUAACUGUUAUUCAGGAAGAUGAAGACAGUGGCAACAAUAAAGAAGUGCAACCAGCUGGUGAAAAAGUUGCAGAUCUCCUCACCUGUAAAGAGGACCAUGCAUGCCCAAACUGUGAAUCCAGUUUUGCCAGCCAGGAGAUUCUAGCUGAACAUCUUCAGACCUUGCACCAAAAACCCAGUGAGGAAAAGGAAUUUAAGUGCCGAAACUGUGGAAAGAAAUUCCCUGUUAAACAAGCUCUACAAAGACAUGUACUUCAGUGCACAGAGAAUAUCAGCCCAGGAGACUCUUCAAGAAGUUUUCAGUGCUCUGUUUGCAAUACUUCCUUCAGCUCAGAAUCGAGUUAUGAACAGCACAAGGAGGCAUGCAGAGGGGAUGCCAGAUUCAUAUGCAAGGCGGAUAGCUGCGGCAAGAGAUUCAAGAGUAAGGAUGCCCUGAAAAAACAUAAAGAGAACGUUCACAGUGGAAAUUCUAGGAAGAAGCUGAUGUGCUCCGUGUGCAAUAAGAAAUGUUCCUCAGCAACAAAUCUCCAAGAGCAUCGAAAGGUCCAUGAGAUCUUUGAGUGUCAGGAAUGUGACAAGAAAUUUAUUUCUGCUAACCAGCUAAAACGCCAUAUGAUAACUCAUUCAGAAAAACGCCCCUACACCUGCGAGGUUUGCAAUAAGUCCUUCAAACGACUUGAUCAAGUGACUGCACACAAAAUAAUACACAGUGAAGAUAAACCUUAUAAAUGCAAGCUUUGUGGAAAGGGAUUUGCCCACAGAAAUGUUUACAAGAAUCACAAGAAGACCCAUUCUGAAGAGAGACCAUUCCAGUGUGAGGAAUGCAAAGCCUUGUUCCGAACGCCAUUCUCUCUACAAAGACAUCUGUUAAUCCAUAACAGUGAGAGGACCUUCAAGUGUGAUCACUGUGAUGCUACUUUCAAAAGAAAGGACACAUUAAAUGUUCAUAUUCAAGUUGUACAUGAUGGACAUAAGAAAUACAAGUGUGAUCUCUGUGACAAAGCUUUUGUGACACCCUCAGUCCUGAAGAGUCAUAAGAAAACUCACACAGGAGAAAAAGAGAAGAUUUGCCCAUAUUGCGGACAGAAGUUUGCAAGCAACGGAACACUGAGAGUUCAUAUUCGAAGCCACACAGGUGAGCGUCCUUACCAGUGUCCUUACUGUGACAAAGCUUUCAGCAAGAAUGAUGGAUUGAAGAUGCAUAUUCGCACCCACACUAGGGAAAAGCCGUACCAAUGUUCAGAGUGUAACAAGGCUUUCAGUCAAAAGCGAGGCCUAGAUGAGCACAUGAGAACCCACACCGGAGAGAAGCCGUUUCAGUGUGAUGUUUGUGAUCUGUCCUUCAGCCUGAAGAAAAUGCUGAUCCGACACAAGCUGACUCACAACCCCAAUCGACCGAUGGCAGAAUGCCAGCUUUGCCACAAGAAGUUUACAAGAAAUGACUACCUCAAAGUGCACAUGGAAAAUGUCCAUGGUGAAACUGACAGCUAA